AUGUCGCACCAUAGACAGUCGAUAAAUCGUAAAAAUUCACAUCCAAAAUUUAUUAAUAUCGAAAAAUCUUGUGAAUUCUUGCCUGUUGACGAUAAGUCAAUGUCUAUAAUGGAAAUUGUAGAAGUUUUAUCACAACAUAUAUGGAAUGGCAAAUUUUCUUCUCCUGUGAAAAAAACAUUAAAGAAUGGCGGUGCAUCUGUAAUAGACAUUGGAUGUGGACCUGCGACUUGGUUAAUGUUUAUGGCAGAAGAAUUUCCAAAGUCAUCAUUUGUUGGAAUUGAUAUAGUAAUUGAUUUGAAUGAUUCUAAAAAAGAAUUACCAGAAAAUUUAGCAGUAAUUGAACAUAAUAUAUUUGAUGGUUUACCAUUUCCAGAUGACACUUUUGAUUUUGUUCAUCAAAAAAGUAUGCUAGGUUCACUAACAAUUGAUCAAUGGCCUUUUGUAAUUGAUGAGCUGAUACGUAUAACUAAACCUGGUGGUUGGAUUGAAUUUAUGGUAAUUAUAACAAAAUACAAUAAUGAAAUCACAAAAUUACGCAAAUCACGUGGUAUAAUAGAUGGAUCAAUUUAUAAAUAUAUUGAAGAAAAACUAACAACUUCUGAUAAAAUAAUUGAAAUAGAUCAUCCAAUGAAAAAAUUUCCAUUAGGUGGUCAUGGUAUAGUUGGUGAAAUGUUCAGACAAGUUAUAACUGAUUCAAUAGAAACUAUUAGACCUUAUCUUUCAUCAAUUAUGGGGAUAAGUUUAGAAGAAUAUGAUGAAAUGAUUAGGCAAUGCCAUUUAGAAGAUGUUGAGUAUAAAACUUACAUAAAAAAUUAUAGAAUAUAUGGAAAGAAAAAAGAUAAUUAA